AUGGGCGAUUUGCAUGAAGUCAUUGCAGCGUGUGCCGACUUUGAUCACGUCUUAAAGACCUUCGUUGAGAGAGUGAAGACGCCCGGUGAUGCUGUGGAGCAUGCACGGAAGCUUCAAGAAGGUGUUGGGCUCUUCCAGUUUCUUCUAGAGGCAAUGGCCACUGUGCGCAUCGAGGUCGAGUUUGCCCACUUUGCAUGCUGCUCCUGCGGUGAGAGCGGCGUGCCGCUCGGACCGUUGGAUUGGGACGCGGCCGCCUGGUGGAACACCUUGCGCUGCAAGGAAUGCCUCCUCAACCUCGGCUACCAGGUCGUCAGAAAGACGUCCGUGCGAACCUGGCGCCCAAACCGAAACCAAGGCCGCCCAUUGGAUAUGAAGAAGAGGAUAGUAUUGUCGUAA